AUGUCAACAAACGGUCAUGUUGUCAAUGGAGAUGCUCAAGUUCCUCCAGUACUUGCACCACCUCCAUUGGGUGGUCUUGGACGUGGAAAUGAUAUCGUAAUUGGAGCGAGAGAUAGAAGAUGUGAAAUCUAUCGCUUCAAUUCGGAGCAACCACUUUAUGCGUCUGCAUGGAGUAACAAAAACGAUAUCAAAUUCCGUCUGGCAGUCGGAACAAUCACUGAUGUCGGUGCCAAUCCAAGAGCUGCAAACAAAGUUUCCAUUGUCCAACUGAAAGAUGACACUGGAGAGCUUGUUGAAACUACCAGCUUCCCAAUGGAAUUCCCAGCAAACGCGGUUGGAUUUAUUCCUGAUCUCGAAAACGCCUAUCCAGAUCUUCUGGCAACCACUUCGGAUUGCCUUCGUCUCUGGAGAAUCGUUGAUGGAAAAGCUCAAGCAGAUACCGUUAUGCACAACUUGACUAAUGCUCAAUAUGGAUCUGCACUAACAAGUUUUGAUUGGAACGAAGUGGAACCAAGAUACAUUGGAGUUGCAAGUGUUGAUACAACUUGCACCAUUUAUGAUAUCGAGGUUGGGGCCGCUAUCGGAGCUACUAGACCAACUGCCCCAUUCACUGUAAAGACUCAAUUGAUUGCCCAUGACAGACCAGUUCACGACAUAGAAUUCUCAAAAAUCAACGGAGGAAGGGAUCACUUUGCAACCGUCGGAGCCGAUGGAAGUGCCCGAAUGUUCGAUCUUCGUCAUCUGAAUCACUCAACGAUUGUCUAUGAAGAUCCAGGAAAAGAGAAACUUCAACGACUCUCUUGGAACAAACAAGAGCACUAUUUUCUGGCUCUGUUCGCUGAAAACAGUCAAGAAGUCCAGAUUCUGGAUAUUCGUAUGCCAUGCAGCAUCCUCUGUCGUCUCCGUAAUCAUAAUGGACCGGUCAACGGUAUCGCGUGGGCUCCGCAUAGCCCACAUCACAUUUGCACUGCCGGAGACGAUUCGCAAGCUUUGAUUUGGGAUCUUCAGCACGCGCCGAGACCAGUGGAAGAUCCGAUUUUGGCUUAUUCCGCUGGAGGAGAGGUCAAUCAAAUCCACUGGGGACCAGUUCACAGCAAUUGGAUCGCAAUUUGCUUCAACAAGACUCUCGAAAUUCUCCGCGUUUAA